AUGGUCUACAUCCGCCAGGACCAGCUUCCCGGCCUAAAGGCCUACAAGUACUCGAGCGUCGACCGCAGUCUCCUCUCCCAGUACAUCCUCAAGCCCUACUGGUGGUCCCAAGUCAUCAAACUCUUCCCCAUGUGGAUGGCCCCCAACGCCAUCACGCUCUCUGGAUUCGGCUUCGUCCUCGCCAACAUCUUGACUAUGCUCUAUUACACGCCAAAUCUGGACCAGGAGUGCCCGCGCUGGGUAUACGCUUCCUGGGCCAUUGGGCUGUUUCUGUACCAGACUUUCGAUGCGAUUGAUGGCUCUCAGGCGAGGCGCACGAAGCAGUCUGGACCGCUGGGCGAGCUUUUCGAUCACGGGGUUGAUGCGCUGAACACGAGCCUAGAGGUUCUGCUGUUUGCUGCGACGAUGAAGUUUGGGCAGGGGUGGAGGACUGUGUUGGUGUUACUUGCGAGUCUGCUGACGUUCUACGUUCAGACCUGGGACGAGUACCAUACCAAGACGCUUACGCUUGGCCUCGUCUCCGGGCCUGUGGAAGGUAUCUUGACGCUGUGCAUCGUGUACGCGAUCACAGCUGUCAAAGGUGGAGGCUGGUACUGGCAGCAAUCGAUGCUGCAGACGCUCGGCGUGCCCCAGUACAGCUGGAUUCCGGCGCAGGCCUGGGAAGCUGACUUUGGUGACUUCUACAUGCUGUACGGUGGCAUUGUGCUUGUUUUCAACACCAUCGAGAGCGCCCGCAACGUCAUGAAAACUCGCCGCGCUCGUGGAGAACAAGCCCGUGUCGCACUCACCGGCCUCCUCCCCUUCGCCGGCUCCUGGGUCCUGAUCAUAUCAUACUUGAUGCUCCAGCCGAGUAUUUUGCACAACCAUCUCGUGCCGUUCGUCUUCUACGUUGGCCUCAUCAACGCCUACAGUGUCGGUCAGAUCAUCACCGCCCAUCUGGUCAUUCUAGAUUUUCCGUACCAGAACAUCAUCGCCUUGCCGCUCAUCUACGGCGUUGUUGAUUCCGUGGGUCCUGUGCUUCAGCAGUAUCUUGGCUUUGGCUGGCCGAGUGCGCUGGGGAGCGACAUCUACCAGGUCGCGUUCAUGUUUACAUGCCUAGGGUUUGCGGUGGGUGUAUACGGUAGCUUUGUGGUGGAUGUCAUUGUUACAAUUUGCGAUUAUUUGGAUAUUUGGUGUUUGACUAUCAAGCAUCCCGCAACCGAGGAGUCAGAGCAGGCUGCGACGCAGAAGAAGGGCAAAUGA